AAAAAAAAAAGUUUUUGAGAAUCAAAAUAAGUAAACAACCUCACAACAUGGAAGUGGAUUCAACACAAAAUGAAUAUUUCACCAGUUACGAGGAUUUAGAGGUCCACAGGUUAAUGUUGGAAGACCACCCCAGGACCGAAGCCUACAAAAAUGCUAUAUUCGCUAAUAAGGCAUAUUUAAAAGAUAAAAUAGUGAUGGAUGUUGGAUGUGGAACAGGGAUUCUGUCAAUAUUCUGUGCACAAGCUGGAGCUAAAAAAGUUUAUGCCGUGGAAGCAAGUAACCUGGCCAAUUUAGCUAAGGAGGUUGUUAAAGAAAAUAACUUUGAGAAUGUCAUUGAGGUAAUCCACAGUAGGGUGGAAGAUGUAGUUCUACCGGGCAACAUCAAAGUUGAUGCAAUAGUUUCUGAGUGGAUGGGUUUCUAUCUCUUCCACGAGGGUAUGCUUGAUUCUGUGUUCGUAGCAAGAGACAAAUUCCUUAAAGAGGAUGGCAGGAUGUUCCCAGAGACUGCCACGGUUUAUAUAGCUCCAUGUAGUAUACCAUCACUCUACAAAUCCUGGGAUGACAUGUAUGGGGUAAAGAUGUCAACAUUUGCGAACCAUCUUAGGUCUAGUAAGAGUAACAAGCCAGAAAUCUUGGUUGUGGAGCCUCAAGAUAUUCUAGGCCCAGAGGAAGCACUGUGCUGGAUUGACCUGAGGCAGUUCCACUCUGAAGAUGUAAAUCAUUUUGAAAUUGAACAUGUUGUGGCUGCCAAGAAAAAGGGCGCGUAUCAAGGCCUGUGCCUGUGGUUCGACUGUGUCUUCCCAGACGUGGUAGCUGAUGACAAUUAUAUAUCUCUGUCUACUGGCCCGAGAGACCCACCCACACAUUGGAAGCAAACUGUCAUAGUUCUGCCGCAGGAACAAGAGGUGGAGGUUGAUGAACCUAUCGCCUUCAAACUGGAUAUGACUAGGGAUACAAAUAGUGGAAGAAGAUACAAUCUCCAACUAGAGAUGCUCGAUCCAGAAGCCAUUACCCACCCAAUAGGCUGUUCAUGCCACUUGACAAAAUGUAUCCUGAUCAACGAAUACAUGAAGAAUCAUCCAGAACAACACGGUGACAGCGCUGCUGUAAAUAAUUGUAUCAUAGAAGAAGAUGUUAUUGAUGAUGAUGAUGGUUGAAUAAAAGUCAUUUUGUUUCUUGUAAA